UCGUCGCCCUCGUCGAUGCCAUGCGAUGAUUCACGACUGCCGUCGUAAACAAAUCAAAACAAAUUUGCUGAGAGAGAUACGUGAUCUACAUUUUAAUUUAAAUUCCAAAGAUCGAAAGUGAAGAAACGCUAUUAAAUGUCCGCAAGCAAAACCGAAGGUGAACCGCCGGGCACACAUCCUUAUCCUUCGCCGCAGAAACACACAUGGAGAUUAUUUGCGUUGCCGUUAUAGGUUAAAAAUUUAAGUGGCGGUGACAGAUACGAGAGACAGGAACGCGUCUCAGAGUGUGUCCCCCACACGCGUUCGGGAUGACGUUACCCGGCAUCGGGGUGUUCGGCACAGGCAGCAUCGUCAGGAUCAUCAUACCCUUCCUGAGGGAGAAGGGCUUCAGAAUCGAGGCGAUAUGGGGCCGCACGCUGGCGGAGGUCUCGCAGGUGGCGAGCGACCUGCAGAUACCGUUUCACACCAGCCGCAUCGACGACGUUCUCCUGCGGAAGGACGUCGAUCUGAUCUUCAUAAUGUGCUCGCCGAGCCUGCACUCCCAGAUCGCCGUCAAAGCCCUGGGCAUCGGGAAGCACGUCGUGUGCGACAAGCCCGCGGGCCUGAGCCAGAGCGAGGCCCUGAAGAUGGUUCGGGCGGCGCAGUAUUAUCCCUCGCUGAUCAGCAUAGUCAAUCACAGCCUGAGGUUCUUGCCGGCCUUCGCGCACAUGAAGAAGGCGUUGGAGGACGGGUACUUGGGCGGACCAGUUACAGUCAUUGAAGUGCGAGUGCACAUGGGAAGCUUGUUGCACAAUGGAUACGAUUGGCUGUGCGACGACACGAUGGGCGGAGGAAUUCUGGCGUUGGUGGGCAGUCACGUUAUAGAUUUGAUUUUUCACUUGAUGGGCCAACGAGCCUCGAGGGUGCACGCUGUCGUGAGAACGUUCACCCAAACGACCAAGUACAUCAACGGGAUCCGGCACGUCACGUCGCCGGAUUUCUGCAGUUUUCAAAUGGAGCUGAGCGGCGGUACCUUGGUAACGGCCACCCUGAGCAAUCACUUGCAGGGCCAGCUGUCCCAGGAGGUGCUAAUAUGCGGCGGUGGGAAUCACCUGGUCGUGCGAGGGGGUGAUCUGUACGGAUGUCGCGGCGAGCAAGAGGAGAUCCUGUAUCGCGACACAGACGACUUGCAGGGAAUAUCCCUGCCGAUCGCGGACUCCAUACCCAGGCCUUACAUCAAGGGACUGCGGAAGAUGAUCGCGGCGCUGCGGGAGGCCUUCCAGUCUGUGGAGGAUAAAAGGGGUUGGAUCAAGGAGCCGGUGUUCUCCGCUUCCACGUUCGAGGACGGCCUGUACGUGCAAGCGGUUAUCGACGCGCUGCGACAAAGUAACAAACAGCGCGGAUGGGCGAAAGUUAACAUUCUGACAGAAGAGCCGGAUCCGAAUCCUCUGCUGAGCGCCGCUGUCAGAGCUACGGCCAUCUCGAUAUAAACGUCUGGCUUCGCAGGAGCUGCUUCUUCGUUGCUUACGAAAAAGCUCUGCUACAUAUUCGAUUGUACAUAGAAAUUGUGCGCUGACACGUUAAUUGCGAGAAAUAAUAUUUAAUGCAGCUGUCUCAUCAAUUUUUAGUUUUCCAUUAACUUAUGAUCACUUACGUAAUCUAAUUCAUUUUCGCGCAAAAAAAAGUUAAUGUAUAAUUUCAUAUGUCUCUAUUGUACAUACAUAUAUGCGUACAUACUUAUGUAUAAA